UCCCAGCCCACAUUUUUGGAGCUUUCUCUCCUUUCUCUUAUAUAUAUAUUUUUAUUAUCGAUCUAUAUUGUUCUGAUCAAGCUUUCGAGCUUUCUCUUCUUCUUCUUCUUCUCCGAACCCAACCUCACUUUAAAAACAUUCUCCCUCGUAUACCUCAAACCUUAACACACAGUAAUUAACCAUGUCCUGGUUAAGAAACCUCUCCAAAUGUUACUUCUCCGCCACGAAACAACCCACAAAAACACACCUCUUCCAAUCUUCCACUCUCCUCUCUCGCUUCUCCACUUCCACCCCUGAAACCGGUUCGACCGGUCCUGUUCGUUACGCGGGUCUGGGACCCACGAAGCCACACGAGAAGCCACGCGUGGUGGUUCUCGGCACCGGUUGGGCUGGAUGUAGAUUCAUGAAAGGGUUGGAUUCUAAAAUCUAUGACAUCGUUUGUGUAUCCCCUAGAAAUCACAUGGUUUUCACACCUCUCUUGGCUUCUACUUGUGUUGGUACUCUUGAGUUUAGAUCUGUUGCUGAACCUGUUGCCAGGAUUCAACCUGCCAUUUCUAAUGAACCCGGUUCUUUUUUCUUCCUUGCUAAUUGUACCAGUAUCAAUGCUCAUAAACAUGAGGUGCAAUGUGAGACUGUAACUGAAGGAACGCAGACAAUAGAUCCUUGGAAGUUUACAAUCUCCUAUGACAAACUAGUAAUUGCAUUAGGAGCACAACCUACCACUUUUGGAAUUCAUGGAGUUCAUGAACAUGCAAUUUUUCUUCGUGAAGUUUACCAUGCACAGGAAAUUCGUCGCAAGUUGCUCCUGAAUUUGAUGAUGUCUGAUGUUCCAGGGAUUACGGAAGAGGAAAAGAAAAGGCUGUUACACUGUGUGGUUGUGGGAGGUGGUCCAACUGGAGUUGAAUUUAGUGGUGAACUUAGUGAUUUUAUUAUGAGAGAUGUUCGUCAGAGAUAUGCUCAUGUGAAGGAUUAUAUCCAUGUUACUCUGAUUGAGGCCAAUGAGAUAUUGUCUUCCUUUGAUGACCGACUCAGGCACUACGCCACCAACCAGUUGACAAAGUCAGGAGUCCGACUUGUUCGUGGCACUGUGAAAGAUGUUGAAGAAAAGAAGAUUAUACUGAAUGAUGGUACUGAGGUUCCAUACGGAUUGCUGGUAUGGUCUACUGGAGUUGGUCCAUCACCUAUCGUCCGCGCGAUGGAUCUCCCUAAAUCUCCUGGUGGAAGGAUCGGCAUUGAUGAGUGGCUUCGUGUUCCUUCGGUACAGGACAUCUUCUCAAUAGGUGACUGCAGUGGAUUUGUUGAAAGUACUGGAAAACCAACGCUUCCGGCUCUAGCCCAAGUAGCAGAGAGGCAAGGUAAAUACUUAGCAGGCUUAUUAAACAAAAUAGGUAAAGCCAAUGGAGGCCACGCAAACAGCAUGAAAGACAUUGACUUGGGGGAUCAGUUUGUUUACAAGCACCUUGGAAGCAUGGCGACUGUCGGCAGUUACAAGGCUCUAGUGGACCUUAGACAGAACAAGGAAGCAAAGGGGUUGUCUCUGGCAGGUUUCAUCAGUUGGUUUGUUUGGCGUUCGGCGUAUCUAACUCGUGUCAUUAGCUGGAGGAACAGAUUCUAUGUAGCUAUUAACUGGGCUACGACUUUUGUUUUUGGCCGUGACAUAAGCAGAAUAUGAAAAUUUUAAGGUUAUUAUUAAAGGAAUAAGUGAUGAAUUUCAGUUAAGCUGAACAAGGGACUGUACUAGUUCAUGAUGAUUGCUACAUGCAUGUUCAAUUUGGUAUAAAACAGUGGCAAUUGAAAGUGAUUACACGAGUGAUGGUUUGAAGGGGAAGGCAAUAAAAUAUGGCAGUCUUUGGAAUAUUAUAAUUCUUAGUUUAUACACGUUAUGAUUCAAUUUUUAGGCAUCACGUAUAUUGUUAAUGAGCACCAAAAAAACAAUUUUCAUGUUUAUAAAAACUGUUCAGUACUAUCAAGCAAAAAAAGAAGUUCACCAACCAGUUCUAUGUUCAAAAUA